AUGGCGAACGCGGAUCCAGACUCGGUGUUGACUGAUACAUCGCGGCCGGGAAUCACUAUUCUCACCAUUCAUCGUCCUCAUAGAAAGAAUGCACUGGACCCGUUGACCGCGAAACGGCUCUACGAAGCCAUUCUCGCCUUUGAGGCGGAUGCGACACAGAAAGUAUGCAUCCUCACGGGCACCGAGACAUUCUGUGCGGGCGCAGAUCUUCAUCAAGUAGCACAGGCAAAGGAUGACACUCCAGGCGAGAAUCUACGACCGGUUCAAGGCCGCAACUUGGGUCCUAUGGGCCCAUCCAGGCUGGUCAUCAAGAAACCGGUGAUUGCUGCUGUUGCUGGAUAUGCCGUUGCAGGUGGACUGGAACUGAGUUUACUGGCGGACUUGCGAGUUGUGGAAGAAGACGCGGUCUUUGGUGUCUUUUGUCGGCGAUGGGGUGUGCCUCUCAUCGACGGAGGAACUGUUCGAUUACAAGCAAUUGUUGGAUUGAGCCGAGCCCUUGAUAUGAUCCUGACCGGUCGACCCGUUGGCGCUCAGGAGGCUCUCACGAUGGGACUGGCAAAUCGCGUGGUCCCCAAGGGCGACUCGUUAAAGCAGGCCCUCGAAUUGGCGCAGCAGCUUAUCGCAUUCCCCGAGCUUUGUCUGAAUACCGACCGUCAAUCCUGCUACUAUAGCGCUUACGAUGCAUCUUCUUUCCAUGACGCUAUGUCCCGAGAAUUCCAGGCCGGGAGUAAAGUCAUCUCAGCAGAGGCAAUUGCAGGUGCCGCCAAAUUCAGCCGCGGGUCUGGACGACAUGGUAGUUUCAAGGAUUCCAGUAAGCUCUAG